AAAUUCCAAUGUUGACAAGUAUGAGAUGUCGCAACCUAACUUCAGCGUCGUAUGAUUUAUAUAGCUUGAGGCCAUUUUUAUUGAAAGAGAGCAGUAUAAACCGACAGGCAGGAUAGAUGGCAUUAUUAAAUAAGCUUUACUCUCCGAACAUGAAGGUCCUAAAUAAAGACGAACUACAGAUCGCUGAAGAAGUUCUACUAAAACACCUACCCAAGAGUUUUAAGGUAUACGGUAUCCUAUAUGGUAUUAACAGGAACAAACCCAGCACACUGGAUGUUGUUGUUGAUACCUGGCCUGAUUUUAAAGUCAUCAUUUGUCGACCUGACCCCAAGAACAAGCACGCACUGGAGUUCAGGAAAAAAGUGAUAAUCUACAGCAUGGACGAACAGAUUUUAAUGAAAAUGCUGACAGAAGAGAAUGCAAUUGACUGGAGCACUUUAUUUUGUAUUGGAGGAUUUGACGUGUCCCAUGUCCCCAUGCUCAAAGAAAUGUCUUCUGAGAGAGAAGUCAACAACCGAUGCUUUGUUAAAGUACAUCUUCUAUAUUUGCCAGCCAGCACCCAUCUGCUCACACCAGCAGCUAACAGUGAGCUUGAAUCAAGGAUUUCAUCUCUUAACCUUUCCCAUGUGGACUUGGUGAAUAAAACCUGGAAGUUUGGAGGGAACAAGCAGGGUUACAGGAACAUUAAAAACCUCAUUGGCAACUUCCCGUCAUGCUGCAUCACUGAUGGCCAGGGUCAGCCGGUGUCCUGGAUUCUGGUGUACGACUACUGUGCAAUGGGCAUGUUGUACACGCUGCCAGAGCACAGAGGGAAAGGCUACGCCAAAGUCCUGGUCAGCAGCAUGGCCAAGAAACUCCACACUGAGGGUUACCCAGUGUACUGCUUCAUAGAGGAGGAGAACGAGGUCUCCUACAAGCUCUUUAGAAAUCUGGGCUUCAUUGAGGAUCCCGCUUACAGGGCAGCCUGGUUUGAAUUCAACUUCUGAUUUGGAAACCAUUGUAAUCGAAUGUAUAGCUGAAAUCUUCAGGUAAACAUCAUUUGUAGGUUAUGUAGGAAAUUAAAUGUGAUUAAAAUGUAAAGUUUAUACAUUUGAUAGGCUCUUCAAAGCAUUGCAUCAAAAACUGGACUGCCAUAAUGGUGGUGUAAGUGAAAGAAGUAUAACUAACACAAGUAAUAGAAGAAAGUAUGUCCCUUUUCGUUAUAGAUACAGGUGAAUAAGAGGAGAGAUAAACAAAUUAUCAAAUGAUGUACAUACACACUUAGCCUACAGUCUUUCCUCAUUUUGUAAUUAUUAGUAAGCAUGGUUCCCUAAAAUAAAGACAUGUUAUGCAUA